AUGGAAAUUCGGGCCGAUGAUCGUCAGCCGUCAGGCUCGCACAACACGGUCAAGGAGCGCGCCAAAUAUAUCCCGCUCCGUCUCAGUCUCGGAGAACGCAAAAUGCUACGUCUCAUGGAAGCCUCCAUGACAUGUACUGACUAUACAACUCACGUUGAUCGCCCUUUCAAGAGUACCUCACGUCGUGUUCACGAACAGCUCAAGGGCGUGACCUCCGUUUUACGAGGUUUGGUGACAGCAUGUGAUUACGCCGCUGGACAGCAGCUCUUGCAGGACGACAACUAUGCUCACUUUGAAAAAUUCUUUCGACAAAUGUUUGAAAUGGCUCGACGUCACAAAAUCAUGAAUCCAGAAAAGAUGCGGACGGAGUACGGCAAAGUGAUAUACCUUUUGCAAGACGCUGUCUCGCCAUCGUUACGCCCGCACUUGGGUUUUUCCAUCAAGGGUCCAAUCGAAUCCGUUUACAAAUUUUUGGAGGAUCGCCGUGGUCUGGAAGUUUUGUCGGAUAAGUUGAUUGAAACCGCUACUGAGGAGAUUUUGGCGGGCUGGAAAUCUCGUUCCCAAAUUGACCAAGAGAUUCGCCAAAAGGAGCGAGCCGUUUCGCUGAUCAAGCGCAAAUAUCGCUCUUCCCUGUUGACUUCAGAAGAUAUUCACCUUUGCUUGUACUCGAUUUGCGACAACAACUCGUUUUUGAACAGCAACCGAGUCCCUAUCGAUAAAGUGAUCGAUUACUUGACGAAACAUUUUUCUCCAGAACAUGUUGAAGAAGGAUAUUCACUCAGUAUUGUUAGCGGAGAAGAUGGUUCUCGUCUUUCGCAUAGCCAUGAACGGCAAUACUAUUUCGCCUUGCAGAGUCUAACGCUGUGGCGCGAUAUCGUGGAUGACAUGUUCCGGUUGUGGGCCAUGGCGGAGGAGGAUUUACUAAGUGACUCCGUCUCUUACGUUUUGCAGGACACGGGUCAGGGCAUGCAACGAGUGCAACAGUCACCUCAAACAUACAGGGCGAUGCGGCAAGUUUUAGUGAGGGUCCAAUCAAAAGUCAGUCACUGGAUUGGUAGCAAUAUGAUCCAUCUUGGUGACCACAACGUCCCCAACGCUCUCAGCUUUAUUGACAAGUAUACGCAAGUUCCUCGUAUCUUGGCUCCAAUCGUCACUUGCUUGGAAAAUCUGGAGCAGCUUUGCGAAAAAGACGACGGCAUUCAGCAAAUGAUCGACGACGGAUUCGGAGGUGUUAAAAAACUCCGUCAAGAUAUUCUAUACGACUUCUUUCGCUCAGCGUUUGAUGGAUCAGGCGCCAAUAACUUUUACGAUGCUGGCUCAUGUAUCGAUGGAAGAUUGACUAGUGCGUGGAAUUGGUGCUCGCAGCUACCCACCAAGCCGUUCUAUCCAAUUUUCAAGUUGACGGGGUUCACUGGCUUUGAUGGGGAUUUCAAGUAG